GCUGGAAGGUUAUUAUGGAAUUUUUGCCCAAUGAUGCCAAAAAUAUUCUGCCACUGAUUGAAGGAUUUUGAUAUGAGUGUUGUGCUGUAAUCCAAGAUGUUUUCUUCAGUUCUAUGGUUUAUGAUGGCCCUCACCUGAUACCCCUCCACAGCUCUUUGUUCUAUUGUCUCUUUUUUGAGAUUUUUGUUUUUUCUUAUAGAUCUGGGGAUCUCUGAUUUAUGAUGGCUCAAGCCUGAUCCUUCUCAAAGCCCCAAUCACUAUGUGAUGAAAAUGUAUGAUAUUACUAUUAGGUGCUUCGUGAUUAUAUAUAUGUGUUAUAUCUCUAUUCACUGUGUUCCACCUCUUUUGUGUAUUUUGUAUUAUAAAACAAAUAUGGCAUCUAUUUGUAUGCCUCACAGUUCUCUACUAGAACUACACUUCCCAAGAGGUGGAGCUUCUACCACCAGGGUGUGCACAGGUGCACUGCAUACUGACAAUGAUUAAAAUGGGAUUGGUUAUUUCUACCAGCCUGUCCAUUGUUGAAUCACACGUAUGCUCUGGUGAAGGUCUGACAGACCGAAAGCUCAGAAUAAAACGAAAUACUGCAGAGAUCUACUUGUAGUCUUCCUGCUGCAGGAUGCUCAGAGAGUCGUUUCCCUUCUCGGAGGACAGCUUCAGCCGCUUCCCGUCGCAGAGCAACGUGUACGGGCUGUGUGAGGCCGGCCAGCAGCAGCUGUUAGCGGCUACUCUCAAAGGGAAGGUGGUCUGUUUCAGGUACCAGGAGCUGCAGCACAAGAUCAGACCUGUAGCCAAGGAGGUCCAGUUCACCUACAUCCCAGUCGAUGCAGAGAUCGUAUCAAUUGAUGCCUUCAACAAGUCUCCACCGAAGCGAGGCCUGGUGGUGGGCAUCACAUUCGUUAAGGACUCUGGUGAUAAAGCCACGCCCUUCCUGAACAUCUACUGUGACUAUGAGCCCGGAUCAGAGUUCAAUCUAGAGUCUAUUGCACAGAGUUGCCUGAAUCUGGAGUUGCAGUUCACGCCCUUCCACCUGUACCACACAGAAGUGCAGUGUGACGAUGGAGGCAGAGAGACGGUGUUUCUGCUCAGCGGUCACGACCAGAGGAUCCACCUGUACAAGGAGAACGCCUCCCUCCACCAGUUUGAGGAGCAGCCGGUGGAGAGACUCUUCCCUGAACUGCAACAACUGCCCAGCAAUGUGCUGUGGUUGGAUAUGUUGAGUAUAGCUGGUGGCCGGCGACUCUCAGCGUUUGGCUGUCAGAAUGGCUGCAUUGGACUGGCUCUGGUCAACCAGACAGGACCAGAGGUUUUGCAGAGCUGGCGGUUCCAGUUCGACAGUCCGAUCUCUUCGGUGCUGCUGUUCCCUCUGAGCUGCCAAACUGAGCCCAACGGUGAGAAAAGUGUGGAAAAGGAAGGCUACAACCUCCUGGUAACCAGUACUAUAGAGAUGGCAGUUGUCUACAGAGACGUCCAGGAGCGAGGCUUGUCCCGCUCGGUGUGCCUCUCAGAGAGUGACCAGUGGGACGCGGUGCUCUGUGCUCUGGUCAUUGACCUGGACUUUGACGGGCAGAAGGAGGUGCUGCUGGGAACAUACGGGCAGGAACUUCUCUGUUACAAAUUCCAGCCAACAGGAAGAGGACAAGAUGGACAGUUUCAGUUACAGUGGAGGAGGAGCUUCAAGAGUCCUUUGCUGUCCAUCAUCUACUUAGACUUGACCGGGGACGGUCUGAGAGAGCUGGCUGUCCUCACACUAAAGGGACUGCACAUCUUGCAGCAUACUCUUACCGGCACUGCUGAUUUGGUCCUGGAGCGGCUCGCCCUCAGGUUGUCGGCACUCACAGCUGGCUCUGAGCCGGAGUCAGCGAAAGCGCAAGAUGCUGAGGAGAAAGAUGCUCCAGCUAAGAGAGAGGAGUGUACUGCUCAGACACCAUCAACUUAAGAGAAACUGUGUGCAGGUCCUGAUGGUUCAGACUGAAGCCUUUACCUUAUUUACAGGUGGAACAUGAAGGAUUUUCUCAGGUUGUGUAUUCCUGAACAUGACGGACACCAACAUCACAUUAACCACCCAAAACAGACUGAAUUCACUGAAUGUAGGUGAUGAUAAAGGAAACUGAUCGUACACUCUCUACAGCACAUUAUCACCCCAUCCGUCAUUUACAGAUAAUAAAUCACAUUUAGAUCUACACACUUUCACUGUUGUUGUUGUAUGUUGGCUAUUUAUCGCCUGUGUUCUUCCUUUUCUUACUUUUUCAGUGCUUUUGCACAUCUGUCUGUGUAUCUGGAGUUCCUACUAACCCAUAAACUGUGAAAUAAGA